AUGGCGAUGAAACGUAUUAGCAAGGAAUUGGCCGACCUUGGUCGUGACCCGCCGUCGUCGUGCAGCGCCGGUCCUACAGGCGACAACAUGUUCCAGUGGCAAGCCACUAUUAUGGGUCCGAGCGACUCGCCAUACUCGGGCGGUGUCUUUUUCUUGUCCAUUACCUUCCCAACGGACUACCCAUUCAAGCCACCGAAGGUGUCUUUCUCGACAAAGAUCUACCACCCCAAUAUCAAUGCGAACGGCAGCAUUUGCUUGGACAUUCUUAGGGAUCAAUGGAGCCCAGCACUUACGAUUUCCAAAGUGUUGCUUUCAAUUUGUUCGAUGCUGACGGACCCGAACCCGGAUGACCCGCUUGUGCCAGACAUUGCGCACCUUUACAAGACUGAUCGAGCUGCCUACGAAAACACUGCUCGUGAAUGGACGAGGAAAUAUGCUAUGUAA